GAGCGGAGAGUUUGAAGUCUUUACAGGCGGGAAGAUGGCGGACUGGAGCUGAAAGUGUUGAUUGGGAAACUUGGGUGAUUCUUGUGUUUAUUUACAAUCCUCUUGACCCAGGCAGGACACAUGCAGGCCAAAAAACGCUAUUUCAUCCUGCUCUCAGCUGGCUCUUGUCUCGCCCUUUUGUUUUAUUUUGGAGGCGUGCAGUUUAGGGCAUCGAGGAGCCACAGCCGGAGAGAAGAGCACAGUGGUCGGAAUGGCUUGCACCAACCCAGUCCGGAUCAUUUCUGGCCCCGCUUCCCGGACGCUCUGCGCCCCUUCUUUCCUUGGGAUCAAUUGGAAAACGAGGAUUCCAGCGUGCACAUUUCCCCCCGGCAGAAGCGGGACGCCAACUCGAGCAUCUACAAAGGCAAGAAGUGCCGCAUGGAGUCCUGCUUCGAUUUCACCCUUUGCAAGAAAAACGGCUUCAAAGUCUACGUCUACCCGCAGCAGAAAGGGGAGAAAAUUGCCGAAAGUUACCAAAACAUUCUAGCGGCCAUCGAGGGCUCCAGGUUCUACACCUCGGACCCCAGCCAGGCGUGCCUCUUUGUCCUGAGUCUGGAUACUUUAGACAGAGACCAGUUAUCACCUCAGUAUGUGCACAAUUUGAGAUCCAAAGUGCAGAGUCUCCACUUGUGGAACAAUGGUAGGAAUCAUUUAAUUUUUAAUUUAUAUUCUGGCACUUGGCCUGACUACACCGAGGACGUGGGGUUUGACAUCGGCCAGGCGAUGCUGGCCAAAGCCAGCAUCAGUACUGAAAACUUCCGACCAAACUUUGAUGUUUCUAUUCCCCUCUUUUCUAAGGAUCAUCCCAGGACAGGAGGGGAGAGGGGGUUUUUGAAAUUUAACACCAUCCCUCCCCUCAGGAAGUACAUGCUGGUAUUCAAGGGGAAGAGGUACCUGACAGGGAUAGGGUCAGACACCAGGAAUGCCUUAUAUCACGUCCAUAACGGGGAGGACGUCUUGCUCCUCACCACCUGCAAGCAUGGCAAAGACUGGCAAAAGCACAAGGAUUCUCGCUGUGACAGAGACAACACCGAGUAUGAGAAAUAUGAUUAUCGGGAAAUGCUGCACAAUGCCACUUUCUGUCUGGUUCCUCGUGGUCGCAGGCUUGGGUCCUUCAGAUUCCUGGAGGCUUUGCAGGCUGCCUGUGUCCCUGUAAUGCUCAGCAAUGGAUGGGAGUUGCCAUUCUCCGAAGUGAUAAAUUGGAACCAAGCUGCCGUCAUAGGCGAUGAGAGAUUGCUAUUACAGAUUCCUUCUACAAUCAGGUCUAUUCAUCAGGAUAAAAUCCUAGCACUUAGACAGCAGACACAGUUCUUGUGGGAGGCUUAUUUUUCUUCAGUUGAGAAGAUUGUAUUAACUACACUAGAGAUUAUUCAGGACAGAAUAUUCAAGCACAUAUCACGUAACAGUUUAAUAUGGAACAAACAUCCUGGAGGAUUGUUCGUCCUACCACAGUAUUCAUCCUACCUGGGAGAUUUUCCUUACUACUAUGCUAAUUUAGGUCUAAAGCCCCCCUCCAAAUUCACUGCAGUCAUCCAUGCUGUGACCCCCCUGGUCUCUCAGUCCCAGCCAGUGUUGAAGCUUCUUGUGGCAGCAGCCAAAUCCCAGUACUGUGCACAGAUUAUAGUUCUGUGGAAUUGUGACAAGCCUCUACCAGCCAAACACCGCUGGCCUGCCACUGCCGUGCCUGUCAUCGUCAUUGAAGGAGAAAGCAAGGUUAUGAGCAGCCGGUUUCUGCCCUAUGACAACAUCAUCACUGAUGCUGUGCUCAGCCUUGAUGAGGACACUGUGCUUUCAACCACGGAAGUGGAUUUUGCCUUCACUGUAUGGCAGAGCUUCCCGGAGAGGAUUGUGGGAUAUCCUGCACGCAGCCAUUUCUGGGAUAACUCAAAGGAGCGAUGGGGAUAUACAUCCAAGUGGACGAAUGACUACUCCAUGGUGUUGACAGGAGCUGCUAUCUACCACAAAUAUUAUCACUACCUGUAUUCCCAUUACCUGCCAGCCAGCCUGAAGAACAUGGUAGACCAACUGGCCAACUGUGAGGACAUUCUCAUGAAUUUCCUGGUGUCUGCUGUGACGAAAUUGCCUCCAAUCAAAGUGACCCAGAAGAAACAGUAUAAGGAGACAAUGAUGGGACAGACUUCCCGAGCAUCUCGCUGGGCUGACCCUGACCACUUUGCCCAGCGACAGAGCUGCAUGAAUACGUUUGCCAGCUGGUUUGGCUACAUGCCGCUGAUCCACUCUCAGAUGAGGCUCGACCCGGUCCUCUUUAAAGACCAAGUCUCAAUCCUGAGGAAGAAAUACAGAGACAUUGAACGACUUUGAGGAAUCCCACUGAGUGGGGGAGGGGAGGCAAGAUGGGACUGGAGUCCAGUUGCUCUCUCCUCCCAGUGCAGAUCUGCUCAUGCCCAUCGGUGGAGCCAGACUGUGCCAAGUAUCAAAAAAUGAAAAAAAAAUAAAUAUAAAAAAAACAAAAAAGAUUUUAAAAAAGAAAAGGAAAAAAACAGCUUAGAUGAACACAGUGACAAAACUCGGCUGGAAUCCUGGCUCCUGGGGCCGCGCCAGACUGCUCCAUUCACCUCACUGGCUUCUGUGUCCCACGACUAGGUUGUGUACAGUUUAAUUAUGGAACAUUAAAUAAUUAUUUUUGAAAUGAUUGCUAUGCAGGUUUAAACUUUUUUAAUGAUCAAAACUAUUAAAAACCAGAGUUCUUUCUUUAAUCAAAAUUGUGUUGGUUGUGAAUAUUUCUAAGCUGAUGCUCCCCUCCCUACAGACCUCGUUGCCAUGGGUCACCCAGGAUUUCCUGCAAUGACAGAAACAGACAUCAUGGGAAACACAAUCAGUUAUUUGACAUAGUGUCAGCAAAGCACUGGGCAUACACUAAAACAAGUUCAUAGUCCAGUUUAGAUGUUUGGAUUCCCCUCAGUCUCUAAACUUGCUGCAUGAGAAAAGGUGUUGACUCCAGGUAGGCAGUUCUAACUGAAAAAUUUUAAUAUAAAUAUGGUAAUCUUUUUACAUGGGGAUAGGGAGGGGGGAGAUAGACCAAGCAAACAAGCAAACACUAGUAGAUUUAAGAAAUGUUGAACAAGAAACCAAACAAUCCCCAGCAUGUUAGUGAUGGAAAUCCCACAACUGAAACCCAAUACGUCCUAAUGGUUGGUCAAUAGGCUCAACCACCAACCCAUAUAUCUUUUGGGGGAACCCUAUGCUUUAGAAGCCAAAGGGGGAAAAAUGGGUCCAGAUUAUUUAUAAGACAAGUGGUUUAAUGUGUUUGGAAAAACUCAAGUUGCAAAGGUUUCUCUGUUGAAAAAGAAGCGAUUAUGUGUAACUCCACACCGUUUAACAAGAGGAUGACUGUGAAAAAGGUACCUAACUGGGGGCAUGUCUUGUCAAGGAACUUAUUGGGAUAAUCAUUGAUUUAAGCAAAAAAAAAAAAAA